CGCGUAGCAAGCUGCAGCUGGUUUAUAUCCCUUUCGGAAGCUCAAUCUGUCGACCCACAAAAGACUACAAAUCACAUUCUCAUGAUUGGCGACUAGGAUCGGUGCUGACGGGAUUUUCGGAAUUGGAGCGCGGAGCUGAACACCGCACUGAAAAUAUCGACAUCUCCUCAUCCCCCACAGCUCACUCAACUCCUUCUCUCCUAUUACAAGAAUUUUCUUUCAAUUCCGACCGUUGUACAAAACAUUAUUUUGUGUUUCCCGGCUCUACCGUUCUCAGCCAAGCAAACAUGUCCUCCACUCCUGGGCUUCCCCGGAGGCGAAACGGCAAGCAGCAAGCGUGCGAACCGUGCCGGAAAGCCAAGGUGUCGUGCGAUCACACGCUUCCGAUCUGUGUGAGGUGCCAAAGAAGGAAGUUGAGUAGCAAGUGUGUGUACUUGGCGGCUCCGAUGACUCGGCCUGUCCCUGAUGGCAGGAAGGAGGUCGUGAACUUGCCGCCUACGCCGUCGAGUUUGAGUCCUGGGGGCGCGGCAACCGUUGCGGCGGCUGGGAGUGAGAGUAAGGUGGUUAGGCCUACGCCGGAGAGUGGGCCUUUUGUUGCGAGUGGUGGUUUCUUUGGACCGACCAAUUUCUCCGCCGUGUUCAUGGAAAACCGUGAAAACCUAGGGAACGACGAUCUCCAAAUCUCAGUCGACUCCGAACCCUACGUGCCCUCUUACGAGAGCUUGCAAUCCCAGACUUUCCUAAUGCUCGCUGGCAAAGAACAACGAGGUUCUCCACGAGUGGCACUAGGUACGAAAGUCCUGCACGCGUUACCGGAUCAACAUACGUGCAAGUUCUUGCUUGAAUGGUAUUUCGAGAAAUGUCAUGAGUGUUCGCUGCCUCAGAAGAGCGUUUUGUCGAUAGCUAAUUCGGUCUGGACGACGUUUGGGAAGUAUCUCAAGGAGCCGAGGCUCACUGAGGAUUUGGAACAUAUUUCUACGAUCAUCUGUAAGAAUGCUGAGAAGAGCCUGGAGGAGUUUGAUGAUUAUGAGAAGUGGUUGGAGGCGUGUAGUGGGAUGAAUAUCAGGUGGGAGUCUUUGGGUGGCGUCUUUGGGGCUAUUACUUCAGCUAUUCUGUCCCUGCCGGAACGGGAUGCGUUCUUUACGACGCAGAGAGGGGAUAGGAGGAAUAGGAGGAACUUCUCUGUGGAGAUGAAAGAUUGCGUGCAGGCUUGCAUUACGUUGAGUAAUUACAUGGAUUUGAUUAACUGUAUGAUGGUAAAUCUGCUAGUUAAGAAUCUUAUUCUUCAGACGGUCAUUAGCGGCGAUGCUAGUUUGGUUGUUUGGCGUCAACUUGGAGAUCUCAUUGCUUCAACAACUGCCUUGGGUCUGCAUCGACAAGUAGACAAUGGAAGGCCAGUUACUUAUCUAUCUGAGAUCAAGAAGCGCAUUUUCACUGUCAUCUUCAACAUCGAUAAAGGAUCAGCACUACUUUUGGGCCGCCCACCAGCUCUCAGCUAUCGAUAUUGUCGUAUGAAAAUCCCACUAGACUUGAGUGAAGAAGUCCUUAUGGAGGGAGGCGACGCCAUUCAACGAGCCGUCGAACAGUUGGAUGAGAAGGGAUGGAAUAGGGAAGGUCUGAUUCAUCCUUCAACGUCGACUAGAGCUUAUGGACAGCUGUCUCCCAUCCUGAACGAAGUACUUGAGCUCUCUCUUGGAGAUCCGGAGAAUUGUACUGGAGAUCAAAUCAAACAUCUCAUGACCAAACUCCUAAACGUCUACGAUAACUUCCCACCGUACCUUCAUUUCCGACUCUCCGAACUUGGCUCUCCCGACGUGCCGGAUGGCAUAUUCUGGCGCCGUCUCUGCCUCCGACUCAUCUUACUUGAGCACCGUCUUCUCCUCGAACGUCUAGCCCAUAAACAAGGCGCCCUCGACGGCCAAAGCAUGAUUGACUGCGCCCGAGAAAUGCUCGAACUUACCGUCCUCCUCUGGGUCCAACGCGAUCGCUUUGUCGAGCAUCACCACGACUACGACUGGAUGCUCAUGUGCUGGGGCGUUCCCAGCUCUGGAGUCCUUUGCGUCGAGCUACUAAAACAAACCAAGAAUCCGACAGGAAACACGCUCCGUGUCCCCAGAUCCGAGAUCGUGCAGAAUCUCUCCCUCUUGAUCGGGUUCCUGGAAUGGGUUAAGCCAGCAGCAGGCAACUACCAACUGUGUGGACGCAUGCGGAUCAUCAUCAAGCGGAUCCUGGACCAGAUCUUGAACCCUUCACCUCCGUCUUCCAUGCCGGCCGCGACUCAGGAGUCGGCUGAUACGCCGGGCUUCGAUGCCAGUGGCGUGGGAACGGGUGUCUUGGGGUACGAUCCGAAUCUGUUCGAACCGGGGACGUUCGAUGAUGCGACGGAUAAUUUCGAUUGGUUGAAUAAUGUCGAUUGGUCGAGAGGGCCGUGGUUUGAUCUUGGACAGGACUUUUCGGCUGCUAGGUGGAGUUAAGGGAAUUUUUUCUGAGGGCCGGAAUACGAACACCAGUGAGAAUCGGAAUAUCGAUCUUUCACCGACGAGCAAGUACGGAAUUAUCAAAUCAUUUCCCAAGAGCGAAACACCGAUAUCUCCAAAGCCACCUCACAACUCACACCCAUACCAUGCUAGAAGCGAGACGACAGACAUUCUCUGCCGAACCUUCCGACACCCAACGACUUUUCACCCUAUAGAAUUUUG